AUGUACAAUCAGUGGGCUCAACCCGAAAUACAUAACCAGCCUCGAAUGAUACAUGCCAAGCAUGCUUACACUCGCAAAUUCUGUGGGUGUAUGUCCCUUCGAGGUGGAAGUGGAUUGGCAUGCGUAUUCUGGCUCGCUAUUAUCUGUCUGAUAUUUGCCUUUGCUUCUUUAAUAGGCUUAUUUAGCUUGUUUGUGAACAAACCAGCAGUGUUGCGCCAAUCUCAUCGCUUUAUAUGGAUGAUAAAUAUACUGUUCAUCAUUGAUCUCUUUGUCAACAUCAUUCUCUUUGGUGUACAAUGGCCUCAGUUUAGUAGCUGGUGUGUUUCAAGAUCAAGAGAGAUUCUUGACGACACGAUCACUGUCGACUACAGUAACGGCGACAAUUUUACAGCAACAUAUCUACCCAAUGUUGUUGGAUCAGACCUUUACAACUGCAACAAGUUAUGGCAAGACGAGCUAAAAUUUGGUAUAUCUAUUUAUGUGAUGAUAGUACUAUGUUAUAUCUACUGGGCACUCUGUUUAUGGUCUUACACACAAAAGCAAAUGAUUGUUCUCCAUUAUGAACUACAAGCACAUGCAGCCAUAGCAGCCGGAUUGCCUGAACAGAUGAUGAACCUGAAACCAGGAAACAACGGGGAGCCAAUGGUUCCGGAAGAUGAUGGACAAAGAAGCCUGGCUCAAAUAACAAGAGCCUUCUUUAGUAACAUUGGAACAUCAAAAGGAAGAUCAAGAGAUGACCAAUCAGAGAAUACUGCAGUAUAG